AUGCCAAGCAGGGUAGUUUGUUUUGUGUGUGGCAAUAUAGGUGCUGAUUUGCCUCUUAAUAUUAAACAAAAGGAUAAAGGACCUUACUUUCCGUUCCUAGAACAACAUGAACCACCUAAAGGCUCUCGAUUACCUGGUGCUGAUGGUAUUGUGGAUAGUUGUAAAGUUUGUUAUUCAUUUUUGAGACAACAAUGGGACUCUUAUGAAAGAAAUAAAACUCCAGCUAUAAAGCGAUUAUAUUGGUUAAAACGAUCAGAUAAUGGUCAUUUUACAGGAGCUGAGAUGAAGUUCCAAGGAGAGUACAUGGCUCAAGUCAUGGGUCUACAGUAUCAAACAAAUGAUGGUUAUGAACCAGUCAGCCCUGAGGAUGCCUCUUAUUCAAGAGAUGGAUUACCAAGAUCUCAACUGCCUCAUCAAUCACAGCCGUCCAGAUCAAAAGUGUACAAGGAUGUCCCAUCUAACAAUCCUGAUGGAGCUUUAGAUUUAUCAGUCACGAACAAACCAUCUGAAACUAGACCAAAUUCGUCCAAAGGUUCUUUAAGCCAAAAAGAUGUUUUUGUUUGCUUUACAUGUGCUCUUGACAGUCAACUCUCAAACUGCAAGAUUGUAUCUGCCAUCAAACAUGCUGCUAAUGAACCUUAUUUUCCAUUUUUAGAAACUUUAGCGCCCCCUCGAGGAUCUACACCUCUUAAUCACCAGGGUGUCACAAGGGUAUGUAAUGGUUGUUUUGAAUCAUUAGUUACUCAAUGGCUAUCAUAUGAACGAGCUGGUACUCCUUUAAGUGCAAGACUUUAUAAAAUGAAAGAAAACUAUAUUGGACUUUCUUCUUCACUCACUACAGAAAUGUCAAGAAAAGAUAAAACAAGUGGAACAGAAAUAUGUUAUUUAUGUGGUCAGCCCUGGCCAUGUGCUUCUGUUAAACCCUUAUUUAUAUCUGGAAGUAAAAAUCAAAUGUUUUUUCCGUUUAUCAGAGAAUUAAGGCGACCUCAAGGUGCAAGACCUUUGAAUCCAGAUGGAUCUGUUUUAUGCUGCACAAAUUGCCACACAAAUUUACAAACUCAGUGGCAACAUUAUGAAUUGGAGCAACUACCACCGUUAAAAAGAAGAUACUCUUUGCUCCCAAUAAAUGGAAGAGAUGCCGUCCAUGAGCCUCCAAAUAAUGACCGCCCAAAUGUAGAAGAUGGUGAAUCUAGCAACUCUAAAAGUUCAUUGAAAAGUUCAGAUGUCACUCAACCUUUGAAUAUCCACAUUAGUAAAAGUCCUCAAACUGCUGUAUCAGGGGGAAACCAUGGUUUGUUAGCUAUUGCUGCUCAACCAUCACGUUCACUGGAUACGGGUGGACAAACAACCUGCACUUCGUCACCAAGUAAGCUAGACAGGCAACAAUCUGGAGCUCAGCAACCAACUAAUACCAUACCCCACCCUUUACAACAGGCCAGUUCCUUACCUAAGAAAGUAUGUUUUAUUUGCGGUGAGAAGUCUUUGAUAACCAAAGCUCAUAUGCUGUGCUCUUAUCCCACCCGUCAUGAAGCCAAAUCACACAAUAGUAUUGUCUUGCCUUUUUUCCCAUUUUUAGCAAACCGGGAUAAUGCACCAAAUUCAGAUCCGAUGACAGAUGAUGGAACAGUUAUAUCCUGUACUUAUUGCUUCCAUAGCUUACUCAUGCAAUGGAAAGAAUAUGAAGAAUCAAACAAUCCAACUGAUCAAAAUCGAUGGCUACGCAAAUAUAGCGUUUCAGAUUUUGUCUGUUAUGUUUGUGGCAAGUCAGUGGAAAAAUGUAAAGUCAGAACUUUAGAAGUGAUAAAGUUUCCUUUCCUUAAAGAACACAAGGCACCUCCAUAUUCUCUAAUAAUUGAUAAUGGUGAAGGAAUUGCUUCCUGUGAUACAUGUUAUUAUAGUCUGAUGCAUCAGAAUGCAGAAUAUGAAAGAAUGGGUGUACCUGUUGAAUUACGUAAAUACAAUUGGAUGCAACAACCACCAAAUAUUGAGGAGAUAUCAUAUGAUGGCUGUGAUCAACAGAUGAGAACUGAAGAAGUAGUUAUUUGUCAUGAUAUGGAAGAGAAAUCUAACAGCUCAUCAUAUUUAAAUCGUAAACAGCAAGAGAGAGAAGGUAUUAGAGACUGCAGAGUAGUGACAUGGUAA